AUGGCGUACUUCUUGCCAUCGUUCUUUCAGAAGCGACUGCUUAAAUAUGCCUUGUCACGUCUGGGCCUCGUUGAUACGGAGGCUUUGGAUCCCGACAGUCUGGGUAUCCGCUUCGGACAGAGGAGUACGGUGGAGCUUCGAGAUAUUGGCCUGAAGCUAGAGGUGAGUGUCCCAGCGAUGACCCUGCGCACGCGGGGCGGUCUGCGGCUCGUUCCAAGCUGCCACACGCUUCCUCCGACAUGCGAGCUUAUCGCAGCCCGAAUACAAUUACUGCGGAUCACCGUCCCCGCAGACAUAUACAGCAGCGGCAUCGUCUGCGAAGCCAGUGAUAUCAAUGUGCAUAUUCGCCUGCUAUCCGAUGAGCCAGCUAAGGGGAAAUAUGCAAGGCCAAAAUCACGAUCCGCCAACAUGCCGGGCUUAGUGGGCAGUGAUGGUCCAAUCUUACCCACUCCGUCCAACCUCGCCGAGUCGUUCUUAGAGGCCGAGCCUCAGGAGGAGAAAGAAGAGUUACAAGCUGCGAUAUCGUCACAGUCUCAUGUUUUGCAAAGACCUUCUUCUUUUACCGACGAAGAGGAUGAAGAGCUCGGACUGGGGAAUGAAACCCUAUCGUUGCCGAGCUUUGUUGAGGCAUUCCUCAAAGGCGUGGCAAACCGGCUCCAGCUCAAGAUCAGGGACGUCGCCGUGCGGCUGGAUAUGGAACUGAAACAAGACGGUCCAUCCAAAAGACAGCCCGAAUAUAAGCCGGAUCUUGUCUCGGGCUUGUUGAGCGUACGCGAGAUCGAUGUCCAUGGUGUAUCAGAUUACACUGCUGGUCUAGGUGACUCAUUACCUUUUCGAGAGGGCAAGAGAAUGGUCUACAUCGAUGGUAUCAAUGUCGGUCUCGUGUCGGACCCGGCUGUAUUCUCGAAUUAUUCGCGGUUCACGGCCCCUGCGUCCCCGACCGCGACGAUGCAAUCGAAGGAAAGCCAUCCGUCAAGUAGAGCGCCCUCGCCUCCCCCGUUAGACCCAUCUGGCUCCAUUCCCGGUCUUGCUAUGACACAGUCAACUAUUUUUCAACCCUCUAUACAUUUCGACCACGAGAGUGUCAGUGAUCACGGGAUGGAGGAUUCUUCUACAAUCUCUCAUGGUGGCCGGUUCUCGGAUGCGGACUCUGACCCGGAGAUUAAGCAUGAUCGCUAUCUUGAAGACUCUCGGGUUUUUGGACAUGAUUCGUUCCAAGACAACCCAGGAUACUUAGACUCUGUGAUCGAUACCAAAUUUGACGAUUUCGAUGAUGAACCAUCCGCAUCAAUGCUACCACAGAGACACCCUAUGGCGGAAAGUCACGACAGACUUUCCCACCAGAGCCUCUCGUCAAGGCCCAGUGGAACAGUGCUAGAACAUGACGAUGCAGAACAUGCCGAAAUAGGCUCGAUGACAAGUGAGAAUAUUCAAGGGUCGCAGACUCAUGAAAUGCAGCGCGGAAGCCAUGUGGACCUUGAAGCUGAUAAUCCGGCACAUUCGUUUCAUUAUUCCAAUGAAGCGGAGGAUUCAUUCAUCCCGCAAAUGGGUGCUUCACAGCAUGAAUUACAAGCGUUUGCACCACCCUCCGAAAGUGGGGGCACUGCUUCGGGAUCUGCAACUCCCGAUGCAGAACUUCUAGAGUCAAAAUACUUCUCGCAUGACGAGGCACAAAGCCUAUACAUGAGUGCUAUCAGUCACGGCAAUGGUGAAAGCUUCAUCCCAAAUAUGCCUGGGGCUUGGGAUAGCUUUCCCUUUGGCAGUACAUCGGCGAGCACAUCCGAGGAGCUUGCAGAGAAGACUUGUCCAACCGAAGACUCUCAAAACGACCGGAAAUGCGUCGAUGACGCUUCUGCGUCCACUCCGAAGUUGACCGGCCAGCCUGAUUCUUAUUUUGGCCACCAUUCUCUAGAUGAAACUCAAGCUCAUUCCCAGUCGGCUGAAAAAGCUUCUACCCCAUCCUCGCCUACUCUGCAUAAAAUGAGCGAAAUGCGGAAACCCAUGCUCAGCAUCGAUAAGGUUUUUGUAUGGUUGCCAUCUACUCCUGAUAAGACCACCGACUCGGAAUAUUCGUCUCUGAAAAUGGACCAAGGACUUGGUGACCCUAAAGAUUCAGAGUCUGGAAUGAACGAGUCAAUUGUUGAGGAGAGCAUGUUUGCUUCCAAGGCCUACACUUCCACUAUAUUCCCAAGGGGUCCAAACGAGGCUCAUCUUGGUGAAGCAGAUCGUGCAGAGAAACCGCAGGAAUUUCUUGGAAGCAAAACACAAAAAAUUGAAGUUGAGAUUUUCACAGUCGCAAUCCAUUUUGACAUUGCGACCGGCUGGCUUCUGACCAAAGCAUGUCAGAAGGUGAUGCAGAUGGUGCCUGAAGCAAGUCAGCCCAAGAAGCAAACUUCGCCAAAUCAAUCAGCUCGUCACAUAUGCUUGCAUUUUGUGGUCCAUCAGCUCUCUGCUAAAUUCAUUGAGCACGUGGCAGGACAUUCUCAUUCUGUUGAAAAUGCUGGUGCCCCUCUGCCUCCACCAUAUCAUUCCAUGGAGGACGUUGUCCUUCAAAUUGCUGCGUCAGGGCUCGAGGUUAGCGUGCUCGCAGAUGAAAAGCAGACCAAUUUACAGCUCGAUAUCUCGAAGUUCAAGUUCGGACUCGCUUCCGACGACCUGAUCUCGUUCAAUGAGGCAUUGAAGAUGCGCGAAUCUACUAGGGACAUCAUGACGUCUUCCCCAGUUGAUAUCUCAUUGACAUUAUGCAAGUCGGGUGAAUCCGCCAAAAUUGAUAUAUCUACACUCCCUCUUCAUCUCAACCUCAAUGUUCAGCAACUGGAGGAAGUUCUGGGGUGGAUGGGCGGUCUAAGUACCAUCUUGGAGUUGGGAAGCUCAAUUUCCUCGGCAGCUACCACGAAGGGAGGAUCCAAGCCUCCGAAGAAGCGCCCAAAAGGUGUACAUUUCGAGACACCAAGUCCAGCAUCCGACAAAGGCAACUCAGGCUCUACUCCCUGGAAAGCGAAUGCUCGUAUUGGUGGUAUUGUGCUGGAUGUUGUCGGCGAAACUCAUUACCUUAAGCUCAGCACCACCGCUGUCAAGGUUGUCAGCAGAUUUGAAGGCAUUGGUAUCCAAAUUGACAAGGCGGAGUUGGCUGGUCCACUACCGCUUGAUGAGUCUUCUGACGCACCUGCCAUGAUAUCACUAGACAAUAUUAGAGUCGAACUGCUCUCAAUUCCGAAGGAGAACGAUAUCGAUCGUCUUCUGGCCUUGAUCACACCAUCGAAAGACAAGUACGAUGACGACGAUGAUAUCAUGCUUGAUACGCUCAUACGACAAAGGAGACAAGGUUCUGUUCUUCGCACGAAGGUAGAAGACAUGGACAUUCUGAUUUCCAACCCUACUGGCCUGGCUUCGCUUUCAUUGCUCGCUGUUGAAAUAAGCCGAUUGUCUAAUGUCACCAAAUAUCUUCCCGAAGACGACCGCCCUGGUAUUCUCACCUUGACCAAAAUUUGCAACCUUGAUGUCAAGGUUCAAGUUGGCGGAGAGGUAGGAAACAUGAAUGCACAUCUUGUGGAUUUGGAAGCUGCUUGGAUUAGUAUGCCGUCACUCAUUGCGACUAAAAUCGAGAGCAUCAACAUUCUUCGAAAGACCAAGAACAGCAAUGAGGAACUUGUGGGUGAAGCUAUACAUCCCAGUGCACAGAAAACACAGGAACCCAUGUUUAUGGUUCGAUUCAUUCCUGAUGAAAUGGACCCCACAUUUAAGAUCAAGUUGAAUCGCCUCCGUGUCGAGUACACAAUUGCAUCGACCAUGGCUUUCCUUGGCCUGGGCCGCAACACAACAGGUGGAGAAGUGGUCGGUGAGAUGGCAAGUUCCAUUGCCAAUCUUGUGGAGCACUCGGGCCGAGCAACAGACUCACUGGCUUUUGCUGCAUCGGCGUCUGACACAUCCAGAGCUUCCACAAAGCCAACAAGGCUGGCAAUUGUCUUACGCGACUGCGUUCUUGGUCUCAACCCUUGCAAUUCUCCAUCGAAGGGGCUUGUGGUGCUGACGAAUGCCAAAUUGGGUGGCUUAUUAAAUGGUGAAGAAUCCUCGGAGGCCACACUGGACAUCCGGAAAUCAUCGAUCAUGAUCAUCGACGAUGUGACCAACGAUGGCUACACCGACAAUCUUCAUCAACAUACCUCAGCUGUUGUUCAGAGCAGUCAAGUCCAGGAAUACAUUGGCAAAGGCUACGUGCCGGUUUCUACAGUCUCUUCUGCGACGGCUAUUGUUAAAUUGAUGACACUUGCCGAAGACGGGAUGAAGUCACUGGAUGUUGAGCUUCGCCCUGAUCUGUUGAUUCUCGAAACAUGCGCGGACUCAACGCAAACAUUGAUCAGUAUAUUGAAUGGACUUCAGCCUCCAACGCCUCCCAGUGUCGCUGUGAAAUAUCGAACUGAGGUCAUGCCGCUUCAGGACAUGCUUGCUUCCUUUUCGGGAGACGCAUUUCCAGCCGACUCUAGCUUGCAUCCAGACUUUGAAAGAGCUUUAGAACCUAUUGUUGAAGGACAGUCCUUGGAGGAGCAAUUGAGCGACGAACUUGAAUAUGUCAGCGAUUUCAAUUCAGGAAACCAAGCUGUAGAGGCUUUGACACCAGGCGAGAGUGACGAUCUCCUUGACAGUUUCCAUUCACAAUAUCAAGUCUCAUCUAGCAUUGGUGAGCUGGACUUUCAGGAAGAUCAUUUCGCCAAACAGUCUGCCGUUGGAGGUACUGCGCACCGGUGGGACUCUAGUCACAACACUUACGGUCUUACCAAUGACACGAAGCUCGAACGGAGCCCACUUCGAGUCAGGAUUAGGGAUAUGCAUAUUAUCUGGAAUCUCUUUGAUGGGUAUGACUGGCAGCGUACUCGCGACACCAUCUCCAAGGCUGUCAAGGAUGUUGAGACCAAAGCCACCGAAAGACGAGCUCGAGCCUCGCGCAUGUCACCUACCGCUGAGGAUGAGGAGGAGUCUGUCAUUGGCGAUUUCCUGUUCAACUCAAUCUACAUUGGAAUCCCGGCAAACAAGGAUCCGCGUGAGCUCCAUCGCGAAAUCAAUCGCGACAUCGACGAUCUCACUAGCGAAACUGGGAGCUAUGCGACAACAACUACGGUAACCGGUGCGACCAGUCGGCAGGGCCGACCUACGUCUACGAGGGAGAAGAAGCUACGGCUGCACCGGAGCAAGCAACAUAAGAUGACCUUUGAGCUCCGGGGCGUUUGUGCCGACUUGGUAGUCUUUCCGCCAGACUCAGAGGAGACACAGAGCUCCGUUGAUGUGCGAGUAAAAGAAUUGGAGAUUUACGACCAUGUGCCCACUUCGACGUGGAAGAAAUUUGCCACUUAUAUGCAUGAAGCUGGAGAGCGAGAGAGUGGGACUAGCAUGGUUCAUAUCGAAAUCCUUACGGUGAAGCCCGUGCCUGAGCUUGCUGCCUCGGAGAUUGUUCUAAAGGCUACUGUUUUGCCCCUCCGGCUCCACGUUGAUCAAGAUGCUUUGGAUUUCAUGAGCCGAUUCUUCGAGUUUAGAGACGAGUCCGUCGAAGAGUCUACUACCCCAGGCGACGCCCCAUUCCUACAGCGUGUCGAAGUCAACGCCAUUCAGGUCAAACUGGACUUCAAGCCGAAGAGGGUUGACUACGCUGGUCUUCGAUCCGGUCGUACCACGGAAUUUAUGAACUUCUUCGUGCUGGAUGGUGCCGACAUGGUUCUGCGACACGUAAUUAUCUAUGGAGUGUCUGGAUUCGAUCGACUGGGCAACUCGCUCAAUGACAUCUGGAUGCCGGACGUCAAGCGGAACCAGCUCCCUGGUGUCCUCGCAGGCCUUGCACCUAUCCGGUCUCUAGUCAAUGUGGGCGGCGGUGUGAGGGACCUCGUCCUGAUCCCCAUGCGCGAGUACAAGAAAGAUGGUCGAAUUGUACGCAGCAUCCAGAAGGGAGCCAUGGCAUUCGGCAAGACUACAUCCAAUGAAUUCGUGAAGCUAGGCGCCAAGCUCGCCAUCGGUACCCAAACAGUUCUACAAGGAAUGGAGGACAUGCUGACGUCGCCCAAUGCUUCCACUGCCUCGGCUGAGAACCGGGACGAUGAGGAAGAGGCAAAGAAGAUCUCCCUCUAUGCCGACCAACCCGUCGGUGUGGUUGCAGGCAUUCGGGGUGCCUACAGCAGCCUCGAACGCGACCUACUCCUCGCACGAGACGCGAUCGUAGCUGUGCCGGGCGAGAUCGUUGAGAGUGGGAGCGCCAAAGCGGCAGCCAAGGCAGUAUGGAAACGUGCGCCGACCGUUGUCCUUCGACCGGCUAUUGGCGUGUCCAAAGCUGUCGGACAGACCCUGCUGGGCGCAGGGAAUACCUUGGACCCGAGCAAUCGGCGCAAAAUGGAAGAUGUACUUAGACAUCUCACACCCCCCCUGAUUUUGAUCUCGACUAACGAUUCUUGCAGAAAUAUAAACGUCAUUGAGAACGAUCUGCGAGCCGACUCCCACGGUCGUUUGGAUUUUUGA